AUGUCGAUUAAGGCUGUUUGCGUAAUGAAAGGCGACAGAGAUGUUAGCGGCGUCAUUCAUUUCACCCAAGAGUCUCCUACUAAACCAGUGAAAUUGACAGGUGAAAUAAGGGGAAUGGCUGAUGGCAAACAUGGUUUCCACAUUCAUGAAUUUGGUGAUAACACAAAUGGCUGUACAUCUGCUGGGCCUCACUUUAACCCCGAUAAUAAAGAACAUGGUGCUCCUACUGAUGAAAAUAGACAUGUGGGUGAUCUUGGCAAUGUCGAUUCAUCUGGUGGAAUUGCUAAUGUUAACAUUGAAGAUAAAAUUAUUAAUUUGACUGGUCCACAUAGCAUCAUUGGUAGAACUGUUGUGGUUCAUGCUGAUAUUGAUGAUUUAGGAAAAGGUGGUCAUGAGCUCAGUAAAACUACUGGCAAUGCUGGUAGUAGACUAGCAUGUGGAGUAAUUGGUAUUACUAAAUAG